AGUGAACUACGACGUAAACACGAGAAACACAUAUUGUAUGGACGAAGGAUGUAGUUUUCCCCCAGGAACGUCUGUUUAAACCUACAAGAAAAGCCAGUACACAAUGUCUGACUCGGAGGAGGAGCCAGACCAAAGAGGGGAUGGGAGCGACUUCUCAGAUGCUGGACCGAGCACCAGCUGGGGGGCGGGCAGGAAGUCUGGUGACCUGAAGCGGAAGCGGCAUGUGAUGUCCGAUUCAGAAGACGAGGACGAGGGGCCACACGGCGGCGGGUCGGGAGCAGAGGAGACAGACGAUGAUGACGAGGAUGCGGCCGGUGGGGACCCGUUGGAAGGUUUCACACAUACUAGUUCCCAGUUAAUGCAAAGAGAUGAUGCAGAAUCUGGGGACUCGGACAGCAGUGGCCCGCCUGGAACUGAGACAUGCGCCAUCUGCCUGGGAAAAAUGCGCGGACAGGUUGGCUCUCCAGCUUCCUGUGAGCAUACCUUCUGUCUGGACUGCAUUUUGGAGUGGGCUAAGACCAAUCCAACUUGUCCCCAAGAUCGCAUGGCAUUUGAAGUUGUGCUUGUUCGAAAUGCUCUCGGGGGCAGCAUUGAAAAAGAGAUUCCCGUCAGUAAACAAGAGGAAGAAGUGCCAUUUAUUCCAGAGGAACAUCCAACUUACUGUGAGGUGUGUAACUACUGUGACCGGGAAGAGAGGUUGCUGCUGUGUGACGGGUGCGACUUGGGCUACCAUUUGGAGUGCCUAGAUCCACCACUUACACAUGUUCCUCUUGAAGAGUGGUUUUGCCCAGGAUGUGUUGCUGCUGAAGUGCCAAGUGUUGUCCUGAGCAGACAGCAGAGCAAUGCAGUGAGGCCCCCCCCAUCCAGAGGUGGACGCCCUCGCUCCCAUUCAUCCUCGCGGCAGUCCCGGCAGCCGCGCCUCAUCCCACGCACAGGGGCGACAGAAAGGAUCAGAGCUAGGAUCCAGCUCAAUAGAAACAAAAAGAAAUUGAAAAGGAAGAGACGCAAGGAGAGGAAGAAAGCUAAAAUUGAGUCUGGAGAACUUGAAGACAAAAGACCUGCAGUUAAGAGCUUGACAAGAUUUUCAGUUUUUGAGGAAGAGGACAAUGAUGUUGAUGCUGAAUUUGCUGAUGAUGAUCGUGCAGAGUUGCUGUUGUCUGGAAUGUCUCACCAACCAUCAAGAUUUUCAGAGGAUCGUAGAGCCAAUGCUGCCCGGCUUCUGAGAGAUGCAGCCUUCACCCCGCAUUCCACCUACUUAGGAAAGUGCUCGUCUUCUAUUAUGAGCCGAAUUAGUGAGCAGCCUGAUACUAGAGAGGAUGAUAUUUUAAGCGGUAUUCUGGAAAACCAGAGUAUUGUGUUUUCCUCAUCUAAGAAACUUACACUGAACAGUGAACGGAAGCUGACAAAGCAGACUGAUAAUGAGGACGUUGAUGUUCCUAUCAAGGAGAACCUCAUCAUGUCAGAACCUUUGCCAUCCAGGAGAGUUCCUUCCCCAAAGCCUGAGGCUGAAAGAGAAUCAAGGACAAGAGACGAACGGAGUCCUAGUCCCCCCAGGAGUAGUUACCGACACCGUCCACAUUCCUCACCUACAAGGAGACGCUCACCAUAUUAUAGGCCAAGACAGAGAUCACCUUACAGGCCAGCUGAAGGUCCAAGUGGGGCUCUGAGUGAGCACCGGUCACCCUUGGAUAAUAGGCGGAGGUCAUCCCCUCAGCUCUCUUACCAACGUCAGCUGCCACACCAUAACACGUGGGAUAGGAGGCGCAAGGAAUCGCAACGCAACAGUGGCCGCUACAGUAGGUGGUCUGAUGCACAGGGUGAUUCUAGGCACCACAAACAAAGCUCAUCUCCUCAGAGACACUUUGGAAGAGAUAGAAAUAAUGGAGAUAGAUCUAAUCAGGGUGAAAAUACAGAGUAUAAACCCCAGGAAGAAAGUAGGUUCAGUCAGUCUUGGAACAGUCGAAAUCAAGGGAGAGCUUCUCAAGAUUGUGAUAGUAGUUUGCCUAGAGAAUCCUAUCACAAGAGAGACGAUUCCCCUGACAGGAGACGUAGCAGAUAUUCUCACCGGGAUCAUUCGCCACAUAGAAGGAACAGGUCAUGGGAAAAAGACAGCCAUUUCCACCGCAGAAAAUACUCACCUUCAAAACGAAGCUGGUCAAGGGAUGGAAGAGAUAGAGGUCGCUCAGACCAGAGGAGGUCACGGUCUCGUUCUAGAUCAAGAGAACGCAACAGCCGUCCGUCGUCUCUUGAGGAGAGGGAGAGAAAAUCUAGAUCUCAGUGGAGCUUCUCCUAUUUUAAUGGUGGCAGUGGAGAUACCAGCAAUGUAAAAACAUCAGUAAUGCAUAGUGUUCAUAGUAUACACAGUAUGAAGAAAAGUCCAGUGCCUGAUAGCCACAGUGAUGGGGAGAAGAACUCUAGAUCAACGAGUGCUGGUGAUAACUUGGAAUUCAAAGAUAGUGAUGGUUGUGACAAUGCUUCUAGUUUAGAUACAAGAAAUAAGAGACCUGAAGAUUCUGAAGAUAAUGCAAUAGACAAUGUAAGUAUAGAUGUAGAGCCAAAAUUGGAACAGUUUUCUGAAUAUGAAAAGAAAAGUGGUAGAGAUUCGCAUCAUAAAGAAAUGAAAGAAAGUAGCUCUGAGAGAGAAAAUGAAAGUACACACAGAAGUAUUCAGAAAUAUCAUGAAAGUACCUAUUCUAAGAAAACAGAAAGUACCGAAAAAACAAAUUAUCAGGUACAUGUUAGUGAACAGAGCACAUCAAAACAACUGCUUCAAGAAGAAGUCACCAACCACCAACUGGAUCAGGUUAAAAACAAAGGAGAGAGCUGGAAAAAAGAUAUUUGGAAUAAUGUAAACAAAGAAGGUGAGGAAGAAGAUAGAUCAGGGAAUCACAAGAAAAAGAAAAUCAGACUGUUUAGUUCUUUAUUUGGAGAGGAUGUAGAUGAUAAGCAGAAUCAAGACUCAGUUCACAAAAACUCAGAGAUUACAAAAGAAGAGAGAGGAAGCAGUGCAAGUAAAGAUAAGAAAAAGAAUUCCUCAAAACACAAACCAAAAGAAGAAGCAGAAAGUACAGAUAACAAUAUCUCAAACCGAGAUCUUUUUGGUUCAGAUACUGAGGAUGAGAAAGAAGUACAGAAAAAAGCUAGUCAUUCUCCGAAUCAAGUGCUGCAAUCAAAAUCAAAAAGAGAGAGUGUAAAGGACAAAGUAAGUAAAGAGGAGUCUGGUCAGUCUGACACUAACAGACAAUCAAAUACCAAGAAUGGGUUGAAAGAGAAAGAGGGAGACAAUAGGAAGAGUGGGAAGCAGCUGAAGAGCAUCAGUUUAUUUUCAGACGACCAUGAUAUAAGUGACACCAAAGUCUCCAAGGAGCACAGCAAACCGAAGAAGGAAGGGAUCCCUGUGUCAAAGGGAUUCAUAAUCAAGAAAAAGUCUGAUGUCAGCAAUGGGACGCAAAAUGACAAGGAGAAGGAGCUGAAGGAGAGAUUUAUGGCAGGCCUGGCGAAAGGCCUCUUUGGCAAAACAGCUCCGGUUGAUAGAUUUGAGGACAUGGAAGAGGAGGACAACAGUUUCCAUCUCUCUCAUGAUGUGGGGAAGGAUAAAAAGAGCCUAGCUAGUCAUGAUAUUAAGAAAAGUAGUAGUAAAAUAGAGAAGGAUGGAGAAAAUGCCAAGACAGAGGCAAAAAAAUUGGCAACAGGCCAUAAAUCAAGUACAAAGGCAUUGAUACCCAGUGCAUCCAAAACUGAGGAGAAGCACAAGAGGGAAGACUCCUGGAAAGGUGAAAAAGCACCCCACAAGAAGGACCCAAAAGUCAUGUCAUGUCUGUUUGGGAAUAUAAGUGACAUGGAAGAUUCCUCAGAUAUCGAUAUUAAAAAACCAUCUCGCCAAGAAGCCAUUGUGGACAGGAUUGUGAAAAACUUUGGGAAAGCCACAGGUGAAACCCCAGAGUCAAAAAUUUCCAAACAAGGAGAAAGAGAGAAAACCCACCAUAAACAUGUGCAGGAACAUUCAAAGCAUCAAACCAGUAAUGAAAAUGUUAAAAAGGAACACAAGAAGGACAAAGAUAAUAAGCAUCCUUCAAAUGGAAAACAAGAGAUGACAAAGAAACCUGAAGAGACUAAGAAAGAAGCUCAAGAAAAGGAAUGCUUGAUAAAGGAGAAAAAGGUCGAGGGAAGUAAGAUGGCUCAGUCGUCUUCCAGCCAAGAGGCAUCAGUGUCAAGCAGUAACAGAAAGGAGAAUGACUUGAAAAUAAAGCAACAAAAAGCAGCAUUGGAGGUGAAGGUAGUCAAGGAGGUGAAGAAGUUCCUAGAUCCAUAUUACCGAGAUAAAUCCGUCACCAAGGUUGAGUACAAAGAGAUUGUCGCCAAGUGUGUGAAUAAGGUUGUUAGUGCAGAAUGCGGUGAUAUUAUUGAAGCAGUAAAGAUGCGUGGCUUAGUGGAAGGAUAUGUGAAAUUCUAUAAACAUCGCAGGUCAAAAAUGCAGCAGGCCUCAGAAUAACAAGCAUAUACAAAUGUUAAUAUUCAGUUCUGUGUGAUCUCUUGCCCAUUUCAGUAUCUUGCUAAGUUGUUAUUCUGCUGGUGAUGGCAAGGGGUGCUGUGUUCAUACUGCAUGGACAACCAGUGAAUUGUGUCCCCUGUCUUGGUAAUUAAGGAUUCUGUUGUAUUGUUCCUCAGUUAUUUUUAUGAUGUGACUGCCAUGCAGCUGUGCUAUUGAAUUUAUUGGCAUUAGAAAUAAAGGCUGUAAUUUUGAAAGAUUGGGUUUAAAUGUUUUGAUGUAUAUUUUUAGUCAUAUAGUCAUGUUCAGAUGUAAUAUUGUGCUGUGAAAAGUUAAUGAUUGUGUAUAUAUAUGUAUGCAUGCAUGUAUUAUGGACACUUAAUUUGAUUUUUUGUUUAUUUAUUAUUAUUUUUUUUUUAUCUAAAAUUAUCACUUACAUAGAUGCUGGAUAUGUCUCACACUUUUUUAUUUUUCCUCUCAAGCGCUAACUCUUUUCGACAUAAAUUUCCCAGACAAUACCUUUAUUUAUCUCUUUGGGUUUCGCAUCUUGUAGUUUCAUAGGUCGUAAGUAAGUUCCUUUCCGUUUUCCUUUUCUUUCUUUACAUUCUCUUGUUUUAGCCACUCUUUCCUGCCAUGGAGUAUCAAGAAUUUUAGAGGGGGGUUUUAAAAAAUCUGUAUUGUUUAUUUCUUUAUCUUGUUUUCCAGAAAUACAAGAAUGAGAAUGUUAAUCUGCAGGUCUGUUCACAUUCACAGUAAAAGAGUUAAUGGGUGGAUCUUCGCUCUUUAUUUGUUUUAUUAAUAUUGAUACUCUUUUAGGCAUGAUGGGAUUGAUUUGUUCUGUGUUCAUGAAUUCCUCUAGUAUCCAGUUUGACUGAUGAUUUUGAGAGAAUAUAAUCAUUCUUGGGAGUAACACACAUGCACACAGAUGCACCCCCUCCCUCACACUCACUCACUCACUCACUCACUCACUCACUCACUCACUCACUCACUCACUCACUCACUCACUCACUCACUCACUCACUUACU